CACUGGAGACGGGAUUUCAGUGCAGUAAUGUUCGGGAUCUGGACAAGGAUCUGACAAUAUGGAUUGCUUUCCACUGCACAAAACAAGGGCCAACAAAGACCCACUUUUCCUGACCGGAGUGACCUUCCCAUCGGAGUACCCCACUAACCCCGAGACGCUGGUGAAGCUAACGGUGUAUGAUGCAAAGGACAAGAGCCAGGAGUCAAGCAGCUUCCUGGGCACGGCUACAUUUUCCAUAGGCGAUCUCCUGAGGGCUAAAGAUGAACGGCUAACCUUAAGUCUCAGGUCGUCCGAUGGUGAGUGUGCCGCGGGGACAGUGGUGGUGAGUCGUCUGAAAAUGGGGGAAAUGGAGGAGGUGGAUGUGGACCACAUCACCACAGACAUAUCCACUCAGAAGUGUCCCUUGGUCUGUGAAUCAGCCUCCCAUGUCUGCCUCGACAGAGAGACCAACCCACUGUCAGGACCCGUGUUCAAGAACCCGGUAUGUAAGGUGUACAGAUUUCAGACCACAGACAGCAAGUGGAUGCUCGUCCGGGAACAAAUGGAGGAGUGCACUUUGUCGCUGAGCAUCCCCAAACAGCUCAUCAGUCUCUACAUUCAGGAAGACAUGGCCCGGGUACAGGAUCUGAAGGAGCUGGGGGAACUCUCUCCUCACUGGGACAACCUGAGGAAAGAAGUGAUGAACCGCUACGGAGGCAUCAUCAGCUCAUAUCAGGAGACGCUCACAGAGAUGGACAAGAUUACGGGUUCUUUUAAGCCAAGCUGCUGCAAAGCUCAGAAGUCAUUGGAGUUCAUCCCGAUAAACCUGCACACACAGAGAAUGAGGGUGACCUGCCCCAGGAAAACAGAUGCUAUCUAUGACGUUAUCACUGUUGGUGCUCCUGCGGCCCACUUCCAGGGCUUCAAGUGUGGAGGUCUUCAACGCCUCCAAAGCAGAUAUGAAGCAGAGAAGAAAAGCUUCAGCACUGCCUACCAGUGUAUCUACUACUCCCCUGAGCACACGGCCAAAGCCCAGGAGGUGCUCAGCUCCAUGAGCCUGCUGCAGCCGCUCAUCACCGGCCUGUCCGACGAGUUGCUGCAGGCCGCACACCAGCACUCAUCUCCUGCGCUCCGGGACGCUCUCAAGAACCUUUCAGACAAGACAGAGCAGUUUGUCCACACACUUAAAGACGAGUUGGUAAAGAGCGCUCUUCUGGCCCUGCAUGCUGCGCGGCCAGGGUUCAGCUCUAAGAACCAGAGGCAGUCAGGCCAAGUGCACCACGGGUCCGACCACAAUCAGAGCUCUCCCCAGACGCUUCCCACAGUCCACAGUCCAGCCACGCCGGCCACAGAGAGCCCCAAAGAGUGUAAUAAUGUGGAAGGAUCACAAACCAACACAAUAGGAGAGGCUGGAACUUUGCCCUCGAAGCAGCAAGACUCAAUACCACACCAUAAAGAGUACGACGACGAGGAAUGGGACAGAGUGUGGGCCAGUGUAGCCAAAUGUCUCAACUGUGUGAUUGCCAUGGUGGAUAAACUCCAAGAAGAGGAGAAGAGCAAGCAGGACUCAGCCCCAGAGAAGCAGCUCGCGGACGUCAUCACCUCACACAACCCUGGAGACUGGAAGGAGCAGCUGAGCCCACUGGUCAGCAGCCUACAGGAGUGUGUGAAGGAGGUGGUGGAUCAGGCCAAGACAGCCAUGACUUUUGUGCUGCUACAGGAAGCAGCCUGCAGCGUUCCACAGGGUUUUCUCCUCCAGACACGCAGGGAUGUAGUCUUCAGUCAGGCGAUGGCUGCUCUGGUGUGUGGCUUUAUCAUGAAGCUGUAUGCAGCAGUGCAGGACAAGGGCUUCCUGCAGCAGCUGCAGCUGGCAGGCUUGGUGGCCCAGUUUGAGAGCCUGCUCAGCACCUACAGUGAGGAGAUUGGGAUGCUUGAGGACAUGGAGGUUGGAAUAUCAGAUUUGCGUAAAGUUGUCUUCAAGAUCACUGAGGCGAAGUCUGAAGAACUCAGAGACCUUCAACCCUUAGUAUGUGGCAGACGAGACCACUUUACUGUCGAAGUGCCGUUACCAUGCCAGCUUUUCCAGACUCUACCAGAGGAGAUCAGAGAAGGCAGGCCUGUACAAGUUUACCCGGUGCUAUUCAAUGUGGGCAUCAAUGAGCAACAGACGAUAGCUGAGAGAUUUGGAGACAUCUCUUUGCAAGAACGAAUAAACCAGAAGAACUUUGAGACUUUAGAAGCCUAUUGUAAAUUAUUAAGUGAUAAGGUGCCAUUAGAAUGUCUACCGUGUUUUCAGACACACAGUGAUAUAAAGGAAUUACUUGAAACCCUGGGCCAGAAUGUAGUGACAAAGAAGAGGAAGAAUGUGGAGAUCCUCUGGUUGGCUGGAGCGAUCUGCCGGAGGUUGAAUGGCAUCAGGUUUACCAGCUGUAAAAGUGCCAAAGACCGGACGUCCAUGUCUGUCACACUAGAGCAAUGUGCAAUACUGCGAGACGAACACCAGCUCAGCAAGGACUUUUUCACCCCUGCCCUCAACUGUAUGCGCAGAGAAGGAUGUCGCAUGGAGAACGUCCAAAAGAACAUCCGGUGUCGGAAAUAUGCCUUCAACAUUCUGCAGCUCAUGGCUUUCCCCAAAAUCUACAGACCUCCGGAGGGAACCUACGGCAAAGUGGACUCCUAAAACCCCUGUCUUUGUACACCGUGUCAAUAGUCAAUCACUUUGGACUGAGAAAUAUGGUGUUAAAAAUCCAAUGUUGUGAGAUCUCAUCCCUGUGACAAUGUGCUUUUUGGUCAUAUUAUGAUUAAUUAUUUCUCAGUUUAAAGGCGCUGUACCAGACUUUUACCAAAAAAACACAAUUAGCUCCUUUGAAACGAUUUGCUAUGGUCCAAAGUUAUUCCUCACUUACCAGUUAUUCCUUACUCAGAGCAUUUUAAUUAUGCACUGUGAAGAGUUUAUAAGCUCUUUUCACUGUUUUACCAUAAAAAUCAGGUACAGCCCCUUUAAUACAGCUGACUGCUCAAAUACAGACACAUUUUUCCACACACAUCUCCUAUUGGUUAGUCUCUGGAAGGCUCUAAGUGAGCGACAGGUGUGUUUAAUCAAUCACAGUGAAGUAUCAUCUCAGAAAUAGCAGAUAACUUUUUUUUUUACCUUCUUACUCCUUAAAGAGGGGGUAUUAUGCUAAAUCGAUGUUCUACCUUGCUAUAAUGUUUCCUCAUCAAAAACAUGCCUGAACAGGUUUUAGAAGUCAUCCAUGCAUGUUUUGUUAAUUUUGUAAUCUUUCCCAGGCCCAGUUAGCUGUAAGAUUCUGUCCAAGGACAAUUUUCCAUAAGUAUUCAAAUGCAUAAUACAAAACUGUACACAACAACUUUGCAAACCUGAAGUGAUGUCCAGUGUGUUUCAUUAACGAGAUGCACUGUUAAUGAUAUUGUGAAGGUAUCUGAAGGUGGAGUACGGAGCAUGGAGAGGAAAGGGAGGGGAAACUCAAGAGUGAAACUUAAGGUAACAUGGUGAUCAAAUAUGUUAUGUGUUAGCAGUUAAUACCCCAUAGAAGUAAGACCAUAGAAAAAUACAAAGUAUACAGGAAUUAUAAUAAAAUUGAAAUUGUGAUCUGGAUCCAAGAAAAUUGUGAUAUUGUUUGUUGCCAUAUUGCCCACCCCUACUUUGGACACAUCAGUUAAGCCAACAAUCCACAGUUCACUAGGGUCAAGUGUUGUUCAACUCGAAAACAAUUUGGGACGGAAUGCAACUGCAUAGUUUUAUUUAAAAAUUUUUUUCAAAAAGUGUUAAAUUUGUGUGAAAUGUUUGCCUCUGAGGCAGCUGAUGACUACUGGCGGCAGUUCGGGGAGGCCAUGGAGGAGGACUGUCGGACGGCCUCAAAAAGAUUCUGGCAAAUCGUCCGACGCCUCGGGGGGGAAGCAGUGCUUCACCAACACUGUUUACAGUGCGGGUGGAGAGCUGCUGGCCUUGACUGGGGAUGUUGUCAGACGGUGGAAGGAAUACUUUGAAGAUCUCCUCAAUCCCACCGUCAUAUCUGGGGGACCCAGAGGCAGACUUGUCCAUCAUCCUGGCCGAAGUCACCGAGGUGGUUGGCAAGCUCCUCAGUGGCAAGGCUCGAGGGGUGGAUGACAUCCGUCCCAAGUACCUCAAGUCUCUGGAUGUUGUGGGGCUGUCUUGGCUGACACGUCUCUGCAACAUCGUGUGGCAGUCAGGGACAAUGCCUCUGAACUGGCAGACCGGGGUGGUGGUCUCUCUGUAUAAGAAGGGGGACCGGAGGGUGUGUUCCAACUACAGGGGAAUCGCACUCAUCAGCCUUCCCGGUAAGGUCUACUCCAGGGUACUGGAGAGGAGAAUCCAACCAGAAGUCGAACCUCGAAUUCAGGAGGAGCAGUGUGGUUUUCAUUCCAGUCGCGGAACACUGGACCAGCUCUAUACUCUCCAUCGGGUCCUUGAGGGUUCAUGGGAGUUUGCCCAACCAGUCCACAUGUGUUUUGUGGAUCUGGAGAAGGCAUUCGACCGUGUCCCUCCUGGUGUCCUUUGGGGGGUGCUCUGGGAGUAUGGGGUCCGGGGCCCUUUGCUAAGGGCUGUCCGGUCCCUGUAUGACCGGAGCAGGAGCUGUGUUCGCAUUGCCAACAGCCAGACCUGUUUGUCACCGGUUCUGUUCAUUAUAUUUAUGGACAGAAUUUCUUGGCGCAGCCAGGGGCCGGAGGGGGUCUGGUUUGGGAACCACAGGAUUUCAUCUCUGCUGUUUGCAGAUAAUGUUGUCCUGAUGGCUUCAUCGAACCAGGACCUGCAGCAGGCACUGGGGCGGUUUGCAGCCGAGUAUGAAGUGGCUGGGAUGAGAAUCAGCUCCUCCAAAUUCGAGGACAUGGUUAUCGACUAGAAAAGGUGGUUUGCCCUCUCCGGGUGGGUGGUGAGUCUCUGCCUCAAAUGGGGGAGUUCAAGUAUCUCGGGGUCUUGGUCUUGUGAGGGAAGGAUGGAGCGUGAGAUUGACAGGCGGAUCGGUGCAGUGUCUGCAGUGAUGCAGUGUUGUGGUAAAGAAGGAGCUGAGUCGAAAGGCAAAGCUCUCAAUUU